CUGUGUUCCAAGCUUGUCUUGUAAUGAGCCCCAUUGAAACACUUUUCUUCACGUCCCUCCUCAUACUUUUGGGAUGGUUCUAUAUACAUAAACGCAGCAGCAUCGUACUUCUCCAUUCAUUAUACUCCCUAUACGCUCUAAUCCAACCUCCACAAAACCUCUUCUCCCGCCUACAUAUCCCUCUCACUCUCCCCCUUGAACAUAUUCGUAAUCUGUUAUUAUCAGAAGCUGGGUUUGCAGCAGGAGCAGGAGAUGAUGGACUUGCAGUGCCCGCGCAAAUGCCACCCGAUCUCGAACUGUUACUAAGUCGCCUCAAGACAGAUGAAUCGAGGGGAUGGUUUGUUCGGUUUGGUCAAAGGGCACUGCAGACAUGCGCUCCAUGCACCUCUGCGGCUGACUAUGCCCUCUCUGUAUUCGCAGGCAUCCUUCUCGCCUAUGUCCGAACUGCUGCAGUGUUGCUCUUACUUACUUCCAGCCCAAAUCGGAGAGAUAGAUGGAGGGGGUAUGUUUUAGGCGUGUUAAUAUGCGCAGCCUUCGCAGAAUGCUACGUCCUAGCUUCCCUCAGCGCAGCUCCACUCCCCAAAGACGGAACCCGAGUCUUUAUGUGGCACGACAAUAUCCAAUUCACACGCCAAGUCCUAUUCCUCCUCCUUCCAAUCCUUACUCAGUUUCUCCCAGAGGUACAGCACCCAGGACCACCCAGCAUGUCCCUCGCCCCAGCUCUCGCACACCUCGAGCGUUCUAUCCCCCGCGCACAUCUCUUGAAAUACACACGUGCUGCUGUCAUGCGCAACCCCGAGCUGCGCGAACGCGCGGUAAGGUGGUGGGCAAGAAAGAAGAGGGAAGGAGAUGCCGGGAGAGCAGAUGAGGCGGUACAAAGGGCGGCGCUGAAGAUGGGGCUUGGGUUUGCUGAUGCUGAGGGUGGUGAGGAGGGGAAGUUGAGGAUGAGCGCAAGGUUGGCGAUAGAGUCUUUGAAGGGGUUGUUUUUUACCCCUGUGGGUCCUUGAGUGUCACGAUCAUAUUUGAUGCGCAGUCUACCCUGUGCUUUGUACUGUCGGUAAAUUAGAUACAUCACUAGAGUGUAAGAUCCGACCUUCCUCAACCCGGUAUCAGCUGCUUCUUGGCGAGUCGAAUAAGGUAGGACUCCCCGGAACAUGUGAUCGAGGAUACCCGGUGCCCUCUGUUACCCACGAUGUAAACAGGCAUCAGCUGAGACGAGUAUCGGCAUGGUUAUGGUGAUGCUUCUUUCCAGUGAUGGCACUAGCCAGAGACCUUCUAGCCAAUACCCAUUACCCUAGAAGCGGCGUUCCGUGCUCGCAAUGAAUCACGUUCCGAAUGAGGGUUGCAUGGAGGCGUUGCUACAUUCCUUGUAUGGUUACUACCUUUAUCCUUUUGCGCAUGCUGGAUUUGCGAAUUGCGAAUUGAGUACUUGAGGAUCUG